AUAUUCUCUCUCGAAAACCCGAAGCGAGCGGACGUGCAGCGCGUGCCGCGUAGAUACACAGCCCAUAGAUACAAUUUCCCUUGGCUCGUUUCGUAGGUGGUGUGUAUUGCAGCAGAAGCAGCAGCGAACGAGCCAAGCGUCUCUGCGUGUGAGAGCGUCUCGGUGAAAAUUCAAUAUAACAAAGAGCCAAGUGAAAAUCGGUUCAAAUCGCCAAUUGCCCAGCGAUUAAAGAGGAAUAUCAAAGGGAUAGGAACAGGCAGAAGGAAAAGUGUGUGUUGUUUGGGGUACUGCAGAUUGAAAAACCGCUGUGCGCGUGUGCUUUGUGUGAGUGUGAUUUGCCCGACGCGUUUUGCUAAAUAUCAAUAAGAAGUGCAAAAAUACAACUUUGUCUGCUAGAAAAGUAUCUAAACCCAAUUAUUCGCCGAACAGCAUUCGUUUUAAUUCGAUUGACACAGCGAGUGGGCGAGAGGAAGAGGGGGGCGACUUGAGCAAAGGCUCAGAGAGUAAGAGAGAGAGUGGGAGAGAGAUCCCCAUCGACCAGAGAUAAUAUAACUGUGCAAAUGGUGGUGGAGCAGUGAGCAGCAGCAGCAACAACAACAAGGGCCAUGCAAAUGUAGCGCCGCCGCUCAGAUCUCUUCGCCGCUUUGCUUUUGCGCAGAGAACAUCGGCGAAUUGCUUCGAAUUCGCCGCAGCUGUGUGUUUGGAAACACCUUGCUCCAAUAUUUUAACACCCCCCGGCCGCCGCGCCAUCGACGGAAAUUUCCGAUUUUGCACGACCAUCGCUGUUUCAGUCUCAGUUUCGGUACGCUUCGUGCGCUUUCUGCUGCCCUGCAGCGGAAAAUUCAACGAAAAAUCACUGGGCAGCUUGCCGAAACUCCCAAAAAAAGAAACGGAGGAGAAACGAAAAAAGAAAACCAAAAACGGGCUGCGAUUCUUGCAGUUACCAAUGCUGGUUGGCUGCGUUCCGCACGCGAUUUCCUCUGUUGCUGCAUUUUCAUCCAAAUUAAAUACCAAGACAACGACAACAAGAAGAACGGGUAAAACCAGGAGAACGGCAAGAAGAAGAGCCCCAGCACAAGGUGAAGAAGAAGAGCCAGCUCCAACAUUGUCGCUACGACGUCAGCGUCGCUGCAGCGCCGCAGCUUCAUCAGCUAGCCAUGAACUACAACUACAACAACAGCUACAACUACAUCUGCAGCACCACCAGCGCCAACAACAACAACCACAGAAACCGAAACAACGAAGGCAGAGAACAGGAUACGAAGCAGCAGCACCAUCAGCAGCUACAUCAGCAACCAAUGCAGGCGGCACUGAGGACGGCGAGCUUUAGCUCCAGCUCCAGCUCUAGCUCCAGCGCCACCGCCAGCGCCAGCAGCUCCACGUCCACAUCCAAGACGAGAGGAGGAAUAACGUCGUUAAUCUAUUUACCGCCUUUCUGCUAUCCAUGUAAGCAUGUGCCUGCGGCCGGUACCACGAAUCGGAGUCGAAGCCAGACUUUGAGCCAUGGCAGCGGGAGUUGCCAGGGAAGCUGCUGUUGUCCGCCCGGCUGGGAACAUAAAAAUUAUGAUAAACAUGCUUCAGCGGCGACGUUGACACCAGCAACGGCAGCAGCAGGAGCAGCAGAAACAACAACUGCAACGGCAAGCAUCAUCACCACCACAGGACCUGCAGCGGCAACAAUGUCCGCCUCUUGGUCUGGUGAAUUCCUGCUGCCGGGUAUUCGGUUACCCGUGGCCACAGCGGGGCAUAGCUGCACCGAUCUCCGGCAGACGUCGCAAUUAGUUAUGCCCACUGUUGCUAGCGGGGAUGUGGUGGCAGUGGGAGCAGAAGGCGCCGUCUUGGAAUGCGGCAAGCGAUGCUGGCGACGUGAGCGAAUGCGGCGCGAAGGACCAAGUCAUGCGUCUGCGGCGUCGCUGGCCCAGGUAAAUCCAAUCAGCACAAGCAUAAGCACCAGCACUAGACCAGCAACAAUAGAUGGAGCAUCGGGAGCAGGAGUGGUGGCUACGACAACCGCUCACAAUUCGCAAACAACGACAAAAACAACGGCAAGGGCCACAACUGGUGCAGCAUUGCCGCAUGAUGAAGAGAAUGAGAAUGAUGAAUGUAGGUGCUUUAACUAUAACGGUGAUAUUAGUCUGGAUCGGCGGGGCGAGACCGCGGAACUUUCCGGCAUUACGUGGCUGAUGUUCUUGUGGCAGCAUCUGCUGCCCGGCAACGGAAACAACGACCCCAUACUCAUCCGCACCCACACCCACGUAUCCAGCUUCCCAGCGGGGACGACAACGAAAACAGCAAGGAGCAGGAGCUGCGCCUUGACGUCGACAAAAAGUUGGCUGGGACCGCUGCUAAUGCUGCUCUUGGCCACGUCCGUCAGCGGCUGGGGCGGUCGGCAAGAUGCGCCCACAAAUUGCACAUUUCCGGCGAGAUGGGAGGGCUCCUGGUUCCUGUCCGGCUAUCAGCAAUCCAUACACAUCAAGGGCUCCCAGUUCAGCUAUCGCGGCAGGUGUGCGGCCUCCGAUGGUAACAAAUAUCUGAUUGUCGACGAGAAAGGAUGUCAUCGUUGCCUGGUUAUCUAUGAGAAGCAUAAAAAUGUGCUCCAAUAUAAAGAAAGUGAGUGCGAAGGUGAUAGUAUGUAUAUGCAUCAGUCGAACCCAUCUGCACUGGCGAUGCGUAGCUCUAAUAAACAAAGUGAUCAUAGGGGGGGAGCUCAUCCCAAUACGAACGGGCAUUCAAGACUAUCUUCAUCGGAUCAGUACAUAAUGAGAUCCAAUGACGAUAUGAAUGAUUACUUUUGCAAGGGCCGUGAGACUUUACAGAAUCUCUGCGACCAGAUUCCGGGCGAUGCCCUGCUCUACUCGCUAUUCCGGGAGAGCGCCGAGCCGGUCAAGUGUCCGCUCAAGGGGCCCUUCAUCUUCACGUACAAUCGCGGGCACGGGGAGUGCAAGUCGCCGGUGUCCAACAUUGAGAGCUGCACGGAGGAGAGCCGCCUCCUGUUGAGCUUCCAGGCCUGUCCUGAUGUCCAGGGCACCGAGAGUACGGUCGAGGAGCUGACUUGCCUGGCAACCUGGAAGGACGGCAACUCACGCUACUUGGUCGGUCUCGUCUCGCACCAUCACGCCAUUUCCAAUGAGGAGCGCUAUCGCUGCUUUGUCUACGAGAAAAUCUCCUCGCUGAUGGGCGGACCCAGUAUGCUCAGCUCCAAGGAUGCCGAAUAUAAGCUGGCCCAAUCCGGCGACGCCACUUGCAAUGGCUUAGACAGUGCCGAGGUUGGCUCACGUAUCAUGUCGCUGCGAAAACCGCCCAUCGCCGAGCGAUGCGACUUCCCGGCCUGGUUCAAGGGACCCCGCCACUGGCAUGCCCUCAUGGGCAAUGCCGUCUACAAUUAUCAUUCCAACGACGGGUCCGUGCACAUUAUUAAGCCCAACGGCUAUAUGGAGACACGUGCGCUGUGCGAGCAAAUAAAUAAACAGACUCCGACAGAAAUGAUGGCCGUGGUGCACUACACCACCGGGUGCCAAUCGGGAUUCAUGUGCAUGAUGUUCUACCGCCGGGACACGUUCGUCAUCGAGAUACAGACCGGCAAGCCUGCCAUUCGCCUGGAGGACGCCUGUGCACCGGAUCACUUUGACAUCAAUAAGAUGGCCUACAUUACCUUGCUGGCAAGCAAUCCCGACCUGGCCAUUUGUCCGAUGGAGGGCAUCUACUCGCUACGUGGCGCCAUCGGACCGCCGUACCUGGCCACACGCCACAAGCGCAAUCACAACGGAAAAUCGCAUCUGGGCCACGGACAUCACCACCACGAGGGCGCUGACUCGGGAAAUUUCGGACAUAAAGGACACAGUUCGUUGAGUUUCCGAAACGCGGAGCGCAUGGAGCGCGGCUCCUGGCAUGCCAAUACCCGAGGCCUGCCCGUUCGCAGUCGCCGCAACGCACCUAAGGAUCCGCAGGAGCAUCUGCAGCAGCAGGAGGCGUUGGUCCUGGAAAAGGUCAACAGCAGCGAUACAAGCGUGGGCUUCGUGGCCACACGGAAUCGACGGGAUGUUCCCGGUUGUGUACCCAACUACAAUGCCCAGCGGCAGCUUUGGGUGGGCUGUACGGCGGAAAACUUGAUAGACGUUAGUCCGCUGUGCAGCGUGGAUGGUGAAGAGGAGUACUCCUGUCACGGAUCCUGGAGCGAGAACAGCACUUUCUACAUCAUAGCGCGCCACAAGGGCAGCAAGCACGGAGUGUGUCUGACCUAUCGACCCACGGAAGGCACAGCUGCCAAGUUGGUAGUGGGCGAUGCCUGCUAUCGCGGCACACAGAAGCCACCCGAUCACCAUUUGGAGGCCAACCUGUCAGUUUUGGGUAAAUGUGGCGAAACGGGCGCCAGUGCAGCGCAAGCUCACCUGGCCAAUUGGCUGCUCCUGAUGGUUAUGGCGAUGGCGUCAUGGCUUCAACUGCACAGCUGAGGGAUAACAAGUGGCAGGAACUACAACUAGACGUACAUAUGUAGGCACCUACGCGUGACAAGCCAAAGCGCUACGUAUACAUCACUAAUUCCCCGAAACCAAAUCCCAUUAUGAUCGACAUGUAUACAAGACACAUCUAAGACUUAUUGUAUAUUUCGUGUAGCAUGUGUAAGGCGAAAUCAAACCAUUUCGCGCUGGUUUGGCUGUAUAUAAUAUAUUGUUUUUUCUUUAGUAA